AGCGAGACUCGCGAGCACUCGCAGUCGCGGUACAGUGCGGGCUCGCGCGGGGGGGUGUACGGCCGCCCAGAUAACUGGCUGGCGCACCGAGCACGAGAUUUGCGUCAGGGUGGGUCGGUCACCUGGAGAUAACUGUAAAAUGUCAUCGGCGAAUGUGUGUCAGGCAUGGACUUGACGGUGACACCGCUGGCUGGCUGGCUCGCGACCGUUCUGUCAAUUAUGCCGCCGCGAUCCUGAACGUGGAGGAAGAGCGCAGCAGCCGCAGCGUCGCACAUCCGAGUACGAGCUCGCCCGGGACACACGAGGAAGUACGUAAAGCCCACGACGCGAGAACGCCCGAAUCAUUCGGGAAUCGGGAGAGUCGUCGAUGCUCGGCGCACUUCACGCCGCUCCUCUCGCGGCGCCGAACUAGGGAGCGAGGGGCUCGUCCUCGCAUUUUUUCUCGCUGGAAUCUAAUCGCGCGGCGCGCCGAUUAUACGUGUGUAGGUCGAUUACGACAUUCCAGUGCGCGGCUGCGGAUAAGCCGCGCGCUAUCGAGGAUAUUCUUGGCCCGUGGGAGAUUAUGGAUCGCGCACCUUCCACGGAUUGUCGCGCGCUUCGCCGGCCUGUCAGUCGGCGGCGGUGGUUCUCUGAGAGGCGAACAAUUCUCUUGGCAGGAAAUCGGGAGGAACGAGUGGUUCCGUCCUGUUGACAGCUUCGCGGAGAAUUCUUCGCCACUUUGACGGAAUAAUCUUAGAGUAAUCUCAUGUGGAGCGGUAGACGAUGAUACAAAUGCGUAUCUUUAUGGAUUACUGUCAAUACUACAUAGUAUAUACAUCCGUUGGACGUUAAGAUAUUUUUCUUGAAAUACUAUUUUACUUCUGAAGACACGACGUUUAAGGAAAAAAUCACAAGGCAUAAUGGAGGGGACCGAAGUCACGUUUUUAUUCCAGUUCGGUCUGACGCGUGACACGGUUACGAUUGAUAGUAGCACGCUUACUCUUAAGGUUCUGAAAGAUCUCGCCUGCGAUUUCAUAAACACCAAGUGCCCGGAGCACGGCUUAAAUCAUCUGUUCGAGAGAUUAAUUUUGUUCAAGCACGACUACAAUUCUACGAACGUUUUACAGCUCAUUACAAACACUACGGAAGUGGUUGACGAGACCCUAGUGGAAAUCGUGUUGACUGCACAAGUGCCAAGUGAAUACAUUCCCAUUCGCCCUCAUGCUUUAACGGUACAUUCCUACAAAGUCCCAACAUUUUGCGACUUUUGCGGCGAAAUGUUGUUUGGACUUGUUCGACAAGGUCUCAAAUGCGAAGAUUGUGGUAUGAAUUAUCAUAAGAGAUGCGUCAUCAAAGUGCCGAACAACUGUUCGCAAGAUGCGGGCCAGAGGCGGCGCAGUUCGGCUAUGCUGAACGUACCGAGAUCACCGAGUCAGGGUUCCACUAGCAGCCUGACGAGUAUCACCGACGAUAAUCACAGUUCAAAUAGCACACCUAACACGAGCCAAAAUAAUAGUAGUACAUUGGUGAUACCGAGUAUAAUGGCACCGAAACAGUCCUCUUCGCCGUCGCUAGGAGGACGGCCUGUUUGGGUCGAGCGUGAGCUCGCGACGCGAAUUAAAAUCCCGCACACAUUCGUAGUACACACGUAUACACGUCCGACCGUAUGUGGACACUGUAAAAAAUUGCUAAAGGGUAUAUUUAAGCAAGGCCUACAAUGUAAAGAUUGUCAAUACAAUACGCACAAAAAGUGUAUGGAGAAAAUACCAAAAGACUGCACCGGGGAAAAUCUGCGAGACAAUAUAGGUGAAUAUACGGACAGCGGUGUUGGUAGCGAAGCCGAAGCCAAAUGUGAUAUUAGGAAUGAAGAAGGUGACGCUGAUAGUGACAUGGAAUCGUCGCCUCCGCCUCAGGAAACGUCGGACGCAAACGACGAGAACAAGAUGCCCGAUGACUAUACAGACCAUGUUCAAAGAGACGAUGACAUUACUUACGACGAAAAUUCAAAGUCACGACCGUCAAGCUGUAGUUCUACGCCGAGCAACAACAUUCCAUUAAUGCGGAUAGUACAAAGCGUGAAGCAUACAAAAAGACGCGGCUCCAAAAUAUUAAAAGAAGGCUGGAUGGUGCACUUUACAAAUCGCGAUCCAAUCAGAAAGAAACACUAUUGGCGACUCGACACGAAAUCCAUAACGCUAUUCCAGAGCGAAAAUGGCUCGAAAUAUUACAAGGAGAUACCAUUGGCUGAGAUCUCGGCAAUCGAGACCGCGAAAGCGCCUCGUUCAUAUAUAAUGCAUUGCUUUGAGCUGAAAACUGCCAAUGUCGAUUACUAUGUUGGGGAAGACCCAUUAUACGGACAGAAUUGCAGUCAAGUCUCUCCUCCCGAGAGUGGUAUCGGAGCUCACGUAGCUAGAUCGUGGGAGACUACUAUUAGACAAGCACUUAUGCCUGUAACUGUGUCGACUAAUCAAGAGGAGUCCACCGAGCCCGAGGAGAACGUCACCGACAUGUCGCAACUGUAUCAGAUCUUCCCGGAUGAAGUUCUGGGCUCCGGGCAGUUCGGCAUAGUGUACGGAGGUGUUCAUCGCAAAAGCGGCCGCGCGGUCGCCAUAAAGGUCAUCGACAAACUGCGUUUCCCCACGAAGCAGGAGGCCCAGCUGAAGAACGAGGUGGCCAUCCUGCAAAACCUGUCGCACAGCGGCGUGGUAAAUCUCGAGCGUAUGUUCGAGACGCCCGAACGGAUAUUCGUGGUGAUGGAGAAGCUGAAGGGCGACAUGCUGGAGAUGAUCCUGAGCUCGGAGAGGGGACGGCUCAGCGAGCGGAUUACCAAGUUCCUCAUUACGCAGAUCCUGGUCGCGCUGAAGCACCUCCACAGCAAGAACAUCGUGCACUGCGAUCUGAAGCCGGAGAACGUGCUGCUCAGCAGCGACACCGAUUUCACGCAGGUGAAACUGUGCGACUUCGGGUUCGCGCGGAUAAUCGGGGAGAAGAGCUUUCGCCGGAGCGUCGUCGGCACGCCGGCGUACCUGGCGCCGGAAGUGCUGCGUAACAAAGGCUACAAUCGUUCGUUAGACAUGUGGAGCGUCGGCGUAAUUAUCUACGUGUCAUUAAGCGGCACGUUCCCGUUCAACGAGGAGGAGGAUAUCAAUGAACAGAUCCAGAACGCUGCCUUCAUGUACCCGCCGACUCCGUGGAAGGAAAUCUCGAGUGACGCUAUCGAUUUGAUCAAUAAUCUUCUGCAAGUCAAGCAGAGGAAAAGAUACACGGUGGACAAGAGCUUGCAACAUGUGUGGUUACAGGAUUAUCAGACGUGGUGCGAUUUGAGGAAAUUGGAGCAGAAAGUGGGCUAUCGUUACUUGACUCACGAGAGCGACGACGCACGUUGGAUGGCGUACAGUAAUCAGGAAACAUGACAGAACUGUCCGCCGGUUCUGAACAUCGAAGCGUUACCGACACCCCUGUCAAUACACAAGGGCUGGGCUCGAUGUGCUCGAGCCACCCUGCGGCGGUUUAUUCGUGCCUGACUCCGUAAAAGUACGUGAAAACUAGUACAACCUUUGUCUUUCGGGCGAUAUCCCGGCGAUAUAUCGUUUCUCGUACUUAAGCGCGAAAUCGAGUUCGCAUUUCGAACUACAUAUUGCUGUUUCUGCUGAAACGCUUCAUUCACAAGGUUGUUAUAUCGCUAUUUACGGCGCGAGACGCGACAGCGUCCCUUGAUACUUAAUGUUCGACUAGCUUCCAUAACGUUAACAUUCCCAGGAGGAUCUAGCACAAAAGAAUCUUCGUACGAGAUAUAUUAUACGUAGCGAUAAGUGGGUAAGCAGAGAAAAAAGAACGCUUUACAGACGCAGUAUCUGUUGUUGACGAAAUAUUAAUAGACCAAUAGCAAGUGCUACGUUGGUUUGGUAGAUGUAUGCCAAAUUCUCUACUUUAAGUAUCUCUGUUGCAUAUACAUAUCUUAUUUCUAGAGGUUGUCCUGCGCAAGCUAUUUAAAUUACGUUGCAACAACGUAAACAUUUUUAUUAUUUAAUUCUAUAUUGAUGUUAUUUGAUAGAGCAUUUUAAAUAACGUUUUCCAAAUCGUGAUCAUUGAUCUUCUUAUUGCUCUUUUUGGGGCGCUUCUUGUUCUGAUCUUUCCAUUUCUCAAUAUGCGAAUACGCAUAAAUAGAUUUUCUGUAUAUACUUUAUCGAUAAAGUUUAUUCACAUAUUAGUGCUUUUUAGCAGCUUCAAAAAAGUUGAUUCCAUUAAUCGUGUUAUUGAUGUACUAUAUAUUUUAUUGAUUUAAUGUGCUUUUUGAUGUAUAGUAAUAGUUUUAAAUUUAUUCUUACGCACUAAUAUAUAGCUUAUAGCUUGCAAUUUUUAAUAUUCUAUGAUAUUAAGUAAGCGUUAUACGUAUCAGUGAGUUUAGCUGAAAAUUUUAUUUUGAUUUAUAACAAGUUGAUAGUGAAUGUAGCUGACCUAUGCAUAGAACUUUAUUGUAUUAAUUUAUUUUAAUUUUGCAUAUGCAAAUAUAUAUUGCAUAUAUAUAUAAUACAUAUUUUGCAUAUGCAAAAUUAAAAUAAAUUAAUACAUAUAUAUAUAUAUAUAUAUUUAUUCCAAAUUAAUAUAUUACUCAGCGAUUUGAAAUUGGUAUAUUGAUGUAACCGAUUAUUAUUAAUUUGGAAUUAUAAGUCAUACAAGGACGAAUCUGCAAAAGAAAAAGAUCUAAUUCUGAAUCUCAAUUAGGUAUUCUUAAAUGUUCUAUGUAUAGAUACAGAUAUAAUCGCUAAAUGUUGAGACGUACAACGUGCUUUAGCACGUGCAGAAUAUUAUAUACAUAAUUGAUAUUAAUCGGAUAACUUACGUUGCGAUAUGAUUGAAAAAUUUUUGUAUUCUUUUACAUUUUUGAGAUUUUUUUUAAAUAUCUUUUAUUGCUAAUUAUUUUACGUUUAUAGAUUAUUUAUGUUUGUAGAUAAAAAGUACGCGCAAAUCAAUUUUACAUGAUAUGCUGACGUGUAUCAUGUAAUAUAACUUUGAUUUCUGUGCAAUCAAAUCGACUUCAGUGAAAAUUAUGCAGCAUUGAGAAUCUUUGUCUGCGGAAUAUGUACUUUAACGCGGUUUAGUCUCUAAUUUUUCUCGAAAGUUUAUUCAAGCAAUGGGACUAAAAUUUCUUCUGGAGAAAUAUCAAUCGUGAAACAACAUUCAUCAAUUUUUCUCGAGUAGUUAGGUAUAUAUAAUCACAAAUUGAUAUUAUUAAAAACAUGGCCUAUCUCCAUUAUCUCCAACAACACAUUACGAUUAGUAGUGUAGAAAGCCAUUUCAUUUUAUAUAUGAUGUGACGCAGCAAUGCGAUUUUUACAUUCCUUAAAAAAGGGCAGUAAACAUACAUACAUAUAUCCACUGAGAUAUUAUGAUACAAGAAGACGGUAAAGAGGUGCCAACGCCUCUUUUGUAACAUAAGAGAUAUAACUAGGCGUUAACAGGCAUUAAUUGUUAUAUUUUAUAACAACUUUUCAAAGUUUAUCAUAAUCUUAUCGGUAGAAUUUCGUAGAUCAAUGUCUAUGCGCAUAUUACACUUAUAUAUUGUACUUAAGAAUCUUAUUACGCUAUACAAAUGUAAUCUCUAAGUCAACGUGCGCGAUCAACAUCCUGCUCACGGGAGUGCAUUCACAAAUACUCAGCGACGCAUUUAAACAAUUUUUCUCCCACGUACAAAAAGAGAACGUUAAUAUAGAUAGAAACGAAUGCUGUUAUCUCGUAAUUUCUUAUACUUAUAUCAUGCUAAUCUCAUCAUGCUUUUACGCGUUCGUGAUUCUAUUAUGUCGUACGUAUAAGCAUGUCCACAUAAUACUUGGCGUUUAAAUUAACUCGCGUAAUUGUGCACACCAACUCGACUUGUACUCGGUCUCUAAACUGGACCUACGACCACUUUACAAGCACCAAGCGGAGUUGCUGCUUUUCCAGCAACGAAACUGUUACUCAUUCCGAUAUCAAAACACCACGUUACCAUAAAAUGCAAGGAUUUAAACGAUGCGGAUUUACCGGCUAUCAAGUACUUGUGCCAGCUGGAAGUUCCGAUUUAUACAUGUUAUUCCCUUUCCACGUGGAAUAAAUAGAAGUAUCAGCGACUAGUGCGACUAGAUCUAUAAGCGCGUUCCUCCUUAUUAACGCUACAUUACAAAGAAGCGGGACUAUAAUAAAGAGAACAGCGAGAAUACUGUGCGGCGCUCAUCUUCCGAAUUCGCAAGUUUUAUAAGAAUGAUCUUUCCGUAGGAGAGCUAUGUAAUUGUCCAAGAGAAACAAAAUAAAUAAUGAUUCGUUUAA